AUGAAGUCCUUCGUCCUCACGGCCCUCGCCGGCCUCAUCGGCGCUGCCCAGGCUACCGUCCAGGGCUUCGAUAUUUCCCACUACCAGAGCAGCGUCAACUUUGCCGGCGCUUACUCUUCCGGUGCCCGCUUCGUCAUCAUCAAGGCCACCGAAGGAACCACCUACAUCGACUCCUCAUUCUCCUCCCACUACAGCGGCGCCACCUCCGCCGGCCUAAUCCGCGGCGGCUACCACUUCGCGCACCCGGACUCCUCCACCGGCGCCGCUCAGGCGGACUACUUCCUCGCGCACGGCGGCGGCUGGUCCGCCGACGGCAUCACCUUGCCCGGCAUGAUCGACCUGGAGUCCGUCUCGGGCAAAGCCACUUGCUUCGGCCUGUCGACUUCGGCCAUGGUCUCGUGGAUCAAGUCCUUCUCGGAUCGCUACUUCGCCAAGACGGGCCGCUACCCCAUGAUCUACACCAACUACUCGUGGUGGAACCAGUGCACUGGUAACUCUGCCAGCUUUGCCGCGACCAACCCGCUGGUGCUGGCGCGGUGGUCGAGCACGGUGGGCACCCUGCCGGGGGGUUGGAGCGUUCAGACUAUUUGGCAGAAUAAGGAUACGUAUACUUAUGGUGGUGACUCGGACGUGUUCAACGGGAGCCUUGAUCGCCUUAAGGCUCUUGCUAAGGGCUCUUAAGUAGCGGGUCAAGUUGAGGAUGUUGUUGGUUAAAUCUGAGAGGGAGGACUGGGACUGGACUGGACCGUUUGCACGCACGGCGGGAAGGUUUUGGUUUUGGUUUUUUUUUCUUUGAAGAAAGGAGAUAGAUGGCAUACCUAGAAGGGUUUGAGUUCCAGGGGGUCCAACCUGUGCCCAAACACUUCUGUAGUGUAGGUAUGUCGUAAGGACGUGUAGGUAGAUAUUUAGCUGUAUCAAGUAUGAAGUUCUUCCAUUCACAGAAUACAUACUCACCUAAGUACGCUUCCAACAUCGAAUUUUGCGCCUACAAAGUUGAGGCCAUUCGAAAAGUGAUCGAGAGGUAGUAACACAAACCCAGUCAGUCGUCAUGAAUUGAUCGUCACUUUAGCCUCAGACAAGUCAUCGGCAGGGGUAACA